GGUGUUGUGCCGUAGAAUGCACCCCUGCCGUAGAAUGCAUCCCAUCCACCAGUUAGCUUCUCAAAGUGGAAGAAAAUGAUCUCGUGUUUGAAAAAAACACCAGUAUUAGAUCAUGACAACAUGUCAAAUGGAGCAGCAAACUUUCGUUCUGUUUUUAUGUCUCUCAAAAAUGAACAUAUAGAGAUGUACUUGGGUGUAUCAACUGUACAGUUAGCUGUCCAGGUAGAGAGCACUAUAUUUUCGGGACAGCAAAUAUUACGAAUCAGAGGGCUAUUGUUUUUGAUUUAUCUGACUGGCCUGAAUCAAGUUAUCAAACGUACACGCUUUUGAAUGCGUCCAACGGUAAGGAAAACUUGAAUUAUUUCGCCUUUUUAGGUACUUUCAACCGCGCUACCGUUAGGGGGGGCAUUCUACGGCAGGGGUGCAUUCUACGGCAUAACACCUACUUUCACGGUAAAGUUCAGACGAUAGCAGAAGAAGAAAUGUCUCUCUGUGCGUGUAUGCUUCUCCUCUCUGCACUGGGGAUUAUUCAAGACGGUAAGAAAAACCUAAAAUAACUUUUAUAUCUGUGUUUUUGACUUUGUUGGAGCAUUUAGGGUUACGUUUUUUUACGCGCCUCAAUUUGAGCGAUAUUUGCCAAAAAUGCUUAUAAAUGUAAACUGUGUUACACUGAAAAUAACGUAUUAACAUAUUUAGUCAUAUAACUCGACAGCGGUGAUAUUACAGUUAAUUUCUGCCAUCCGUGCGCAAAAGUCUAACGUGCUUUUUCUUUUGUGUAAAUCAAAACAUGACAAGCCUCUAUAAACUUUUCUGGAUUAACGAUUUUAGUUAUGUUGUCCAUGUUGGAUUUACUCAGUAACAGAAGAUUUUUGAGAUUAUUUUCGUAUUGAAAUAAACUUUCUGCUCUCUAACAGGAUCAGCAGCUCUCGGUCAGACCCAGGAAACAGUGAUGGCAGAUGUAGGAGAGGAGGUCCUUUUAAACUGUCAGCUCAUGGAAGACAAGGAAGUCCAUCAAGUUACCUGGCAGAAGAGUUUACCUGGUGGAGAGAAGAACAUAGCCACCUACAGCAGAUUCUCUGGUGAAAGAGUGAAUCCUGAUUUUCAAGGUAAAGUGGAGUUCAAAAUAGCUGAACUGCAGAGGAGCUCCAUAGUGAUCAAGGAGGUGACAGAGCAGGAUGAAGGAUGCUACCGCUGCUUGUUUAACACUUGGCCUGGUGGUGCUCUCAUCAGUUCCACCUGCCUCAAACUCUAUGGUAAGUACUGUCUCUAUUUAGUCCUUAUUCACUCUUUAUAUUUGGUGAAUAAAAAGAUACCAGAUGCAGAUUUUCAACAACAACGUUAAUGUCUAAUUUUAUUGUUUUCCAUUGAACAGCUGGAGAGCGGUGCAUAGGCAUGUUCAACAGGUGAGAACACCUGUGGUAUAAACCAGAGGUGGGGGCUUGACGACUCGACUUGAGACUCGACUUGGACUUGAGUCCCGUUUUUGACUUGCUUGAUGAAUCAAGAAAUGACUUGGACUUGCUUGGGACUUGAUUGCUAAAGACUUGAGACUUGACUUGACUUGAGUCCAGUGACUUGAAAAGUCAAGUCAAGUCUUUCAAGUCACUUAAUACCUUACAGCCCAAACCGUUUAAAAAGUGUCGCAUCAACUAAUAGUCAGGAAUUACGGCCGUUGGUAACACCGUGUUGUGUUGCCAAGUCUGCUUAUUUCCCGCAAAAAAAUCACUUGUUUUUGGCUUGUUACUGGAGGUCUGUUUCCUUAUUUCUCUCACGAAACUUGCCAACACUGUCUCAAACUCUGGCCUCCCUCAUAACGACAAAACCGGGAGGACUGAACAUAAAUCGCUCGCUAGUAUUGCCCGCCUGUUUCCACGUGUUGCCUGGUGUCUCUCUUUUGUUUUGGAUGUUUAAUUGUAUUUGAAUCUUCCUUAUUUUUGUGCACAUUGUCUAAGUUUCCAAUUAUUGAAGUUUUUAUAUGAUAGAUUUAAUCAGAAAUAAUGACGUUUGGGAUUAUUUUCAUUUAGAUAAACUUUCUGUCUUUCUGCCAGGAUCAGCAGCUCUCGUUCAGACCCAGGAAACGGUGAUGGCAGCUGUAGGAGAGGAGGCCUUUUUAAACUGUCAGCUGAUGGAAGAUAAGGAAGUUCGUCAAGUUACCUGGCAGAAGAGUGUACCUGGGGGAGAGAAGAACAUAGCCACCUACAGCAGAUUCUCUGGUGAAAGAGUGAAUCCUGAUUUUCAAGGUAAAGUGAAGUUCAGAAAAGCUGGACUGCUGAGGAGCUCCAUAGUGAUCAAGGAGGUGACAGAGCAGGAUGAAGGAUGCUACCACUGCUUGUUUAACACUUGGCCUCAUGGUGCUCUCAUCAGUUCCACCUGCCUCAAACUCUAUGGUAAGUACUGUCUCUAUUUAACCAUCCCUUAAGUUGCUUUUAUAAUUUUAAUUCUAAACAUCUUGUGUUUUCAGAGCUGCAUGGACCUGUUCUUCAGGUCAGAGAAUCAAACUUCUCUGAGGAGGUGACCGUAUCCUGCUGGGCUUCAGCUCAACCCGCUCCCACUGUCACACUAAGAGUCCAACAUCAGGAACUGAACUCCUUUAAACACACUGACAACAAUGAAGAUGGUACAGUCACUGUCAGAGCUACAGCUGUGCUGCAGCGUCGCUUUGAAAACAGCACAGAGGUCGAAUGUGUCGUUCAAGUUCCCUCUGUUCCCCCAAGAUCAGUGUCUGACAUGAUUCCUGGGGUCAAACCACCGUCUGCUGACAGUAAGAAACACUAUUAUAAAUAUAACUUUCUCUUCUAAUGAACUGCUUUACAUUAUUGAAGUUUCUGCUUUUUUCCUUUCUGCUAAUUUAAAUGUUUUGUUUUUACCAAAGGACCAGAACUCCGCCGUCAAACUCUCGACUGAGAUCGUCUGCUGUGAAAAAGGGAAAAAACAACAACAACCAUGGUGUGUCAUUUACUACAAAAACCUGUAGAAUUUAUAUCAGUUUACUCUUUGAUGGCUCAGGAUAAGUCGGUAAAUGAACUAUGUUUAUAUCGCUCUUUCUCUAGUCUUCUAAUCACUCAAUUCCUUACAUCAGCCCAUCAGUUUUAGACUAAUCCCAAUCUACACCUCUUGGCACGGCCAGUGAGGAUCAAAUGUCUAGCCUAAGGACAUUUCUGUAUGUGGACAGCCCUGGGAUCGAACCCUCUACCGUUCUAAAUGCUGCACUUUGUAUUUGGUCUUGCUAUGUGUAUUUAACUGUUGUUCUUUUCACUCUUCUUUUUUCAUUCUCUACUCUGCCUUAUUAAAUUCAUUUGUUGAUUUAAA